GUAGCAGAAAGUGGAAAGGGAGAAAGAGAGAGAGAGAGAGGAGAGAGAGGACGAGACGUAAGAGAGGUGAAGGGAGAGUCCUGCCCAGCGUGGACCUGUGCGUCGUUGCAUGGUCGACCUGGAGACUCGCUCUCCGCAAGGUGAGACGCGCGGACCGAAGAGCCUCGAAGGAUCGGCAAGAAUUUUCGUAAAAGCCGACUCUUCCUCUCUCGUAUGUUCGCAAUCGCGCGUGUUCUCCCUCGAUCGUUUCUCUUCUCCAUUUCUCAUUUGUCCUUUUCUCGCGUUGACUUCUUUUUACGUGUACCAAGGAAAUCGAGUGAGUGAUCCGUAUUUUUUAUCUCGCGGAAUCUCCUGACUUUCCACAAAGUGCUCUGGUACAGAUUCGCUCGGACAAUGUCUUAGAUCGAUGCAAACGUCGGCAGAAGUGGAACAAGAUCAUCAUUCAUCAAUGGAUACUACGUUACUUUCAUAUAUUGGACAGAAUUAAAAAUAUAUGCUCAUUUUUACUAAAGUUUUAAAAAAGACUUUUGAAUUUAUACUAGUUAACAUUUUUGUAGUAGCAAUGUCAGGACGCAAAGUGCGGAAUCGACACAUUUGACAGUGAUAACGUGUGUUCACGUGUGCAUCUUCUCUUAUCAAAGCGCGUAAGAAUUUGAUCCCUCAUACUAUUUCGUCAGAAGAGUUCGAGCAUAUCAUAUCAAGUCGCUUGGUGACUGCGAUCAGCAAACAUAUCAGUUGUCUCACUUUACAAAGUCAAUUGGAAUCGCUGUCAGUAAAAAUUUAUGAAACGGUGCGUUUUGGUACGAUUUCACGAAAUUGCAUCUUUUUUCAAGGCAGGUGAACAGUGCAUGUUCUUUUCGGUGGCGUUAAAUCGACGAUUAAUUUGAAUGCCUAGUGCGCGUAAGUGUUUCAUUAAUUCGGAAGGCUCGUCCCGAAAGUAAACGUUGGAAUUUACUUUCGUAAUCUUUCCCAAGACGGUGCAAUCUCGCCAUUCGUCUCGUUUUGGAUAUACCUCAUAGGCAUGUUAAACUGAGACAAUCGUGACAACUUUAGUGCCGGACAUGCGACAUGCACGGUGAAGAAGGGAGAGCGAUGGCAGCGGCGGAAACGAUUCUUCGAAGUACCUUCGGUCUUCUCCUCGUUCCUCAUAAUCAUCGACAGGCCUGCGAAGCAAAAGAAGGAAUCCUCACUCACGUCACCUUGGCAAGACCUACGGGUUCGUAAAGGGCAUGAAAGCUCAUCAUGUUCAACCACCGACACGGGCCACGAGCGCUGUCGACCUGCAUCCUCCUCAGCGUAACAUUCCUUUUACUGAUCUUCGUCGGUAGCUACGAUGUGUCAGCGGAUCUCAAUUCCGAGUUCGUCAAAGGGAAAAUUUGCAUCGGUACCAAUGGCCGUCUCUCCGUGCCGUCCAACAAACAACAUCACUACCGGAAUCUUCGAGACCGGUACACCAACUGUACUUACGUCGAUGGUAAUCUGGAGAUCACAUGGCUCCAGAAUAAAACCUUCGAUCUCAGCUUCCUCCAGUAUAUACGGGAGGUCACCGGUUAUGUUCUCAUCAGUCACGUGGACGUGCGCAGGAUCGUCCUUCCGAGACUGCAGAUCAUCCGCGGUAGAACCCUCUUUAAGCUCAAUAUUCACGACCACGAGUUCGCCCUCUUUGUCACAAUGUGUCAGAUGCACAACCUGGAGAUGCCGGCCCUUAGAGAUAUACUCAACGGGAGCGUGGGCAUGUACAACAACUACAAUCUCUGCCAUAUCAAGACGAUCAAUUGGGAGGAAAUAAUCACCGGUCAAACCGGACGAUAUUUUUACGUAUACAAUUUUACAUCGCCGGAACGCGUAUGUCCGGAAUGCGACGAAAGUUGCGAACAGGGCUGCUGGGGUGAGGGCCCGGAAAACUGUCAAAGGUACUCGAAGACGAACUGUUCGCCUCAGUGCUGGCAGGGCAGGUGUUUCGGUCCUAAUCCACGCGAGUGUUGUCAUCUUUUUUGCGCCGGUGGCUGUACCGGGCCCAAACAGAGCGACUGUCUUGCCUGCAAGAAUUUCUUCGACGAUGGCGUGUGCACGCAGGAAUGUCCGCCCAUGCAAAAAUAUAAUCCAACAACAUAUUCGUGGGAAGCUAAUCCUGAUGGGAAAUACGCGUACGGAGCAACCUGUGUGAGACGCUGUCCGGAACAUCUCUUGAAAGACAAUGGCGCGUGUGUGAGAUCCUGUCCACAAAAGAAGAAGGCAAUGAACGGCGAGUGUGUUCCUUGCGAUGGUCCUUGUCCGAAAACCUGCAAGGGCGUUGAGAAAGUGCAUUCUGGUAACAUUAACACCUUUAAGGAUUGCACCAUCAUCGAAGGAUCCAUCACAAUCCUGGAUCAGAGCUUCGAGGGCUUCCAGCAUGUUUAUCCAAAUUACACGUUUGGCAAACGAUACGACAAGAUGCAUCCCGACGAGUUAGAAGUCUUCAGAACUUUAAAAGAGAUCACGGGCUAUCUUAAUAUCCAAGGAGAUCACCCUGAUUUCAAGAAUCUUUCAUAUUUUCGCAAUCUCGAAAUGAUCGGAGGCAGGACGCUCACGGAAUACUUUGCGUCAUUGUACAUCGUCAAGACUUCUCUCGUGUCGUUUGGACUUAGUUCCUUGAAGAAGAUUUAUUCCGGUUCGAUUGCCAUUUUGGAGAACAAGAAUUUGUGUUACGCGCAGAGUAUUAAUUGGAGCAGAAUCAAAAAAUCAUCGGAGCAUGAAAGUCUUCUGUCGAACAAUCGAAAUGAAAGCGAAUGUGUGAAAGAUGGUCUCGUGUGUGAUGAGGAAUGUUCGGAUGAAGGAUGCUGGGGACCUGGACCGGCGCAAUGUCUGUCAUGCAAGAACUUUAUCCUAGGAAAUGAUUGUCUUCAAGAUUGCACUGCGCCAGGAAUUUAUCAAGCGGACGAAAAGACCUGUAAGAUGUGCCACGAAGAGUGCGACGGCUCCUGCACCGGACCUAAUGCCGACCAAUGCAUCAAGUGCAAACACGUGCGAGAUGGGCCGUUCUGUGUGCCCGAGUGCCCGUCCUCAAAAUACAACGACAACGGCCAAUGUAAACACUGCCACGAGAACUGCGUAGGCGGCUGCGAGGGACCGGAGAACAACAUAGGCGCCAACGGAUGUCAUAGUUGCGAAAAGGCAAUUAUGAAUGGGCACGUACCAGAGGGAUGUUUGCAGAAGAAAGAGCCAUGUCCUGACGGACAUUAUUAUGAGUGGGUGAGUCCGCAGGAGCAAGGUGCUUUAAAACCUCUUGCCGGAAAGGCAGUCUGUCGCAAGUGCCACCCACGUUGCAAGAAGUGCACGGGAUAUGGCUUCCAUGAGCAAGUGUGUCAACAAUGCACCAAGUACAAGAGGGGAGAGCAAUGCGAGGAUGAAUGUCCUACCGAUCAUUUCGCGGAUGCUGACACGCAGCUAUGUAUACCGUGCUUCGGGGAGUGUCGAGGGUGUUUUGGACCAGGCCCCAAUCAAUGCUACAAAUGUCGAAACUACAAAAUUUAUUUUGAUGGCGAUCUCGGUGAUAAUUCAACGUCCUUUAAUUGCACGGAAAUUUGUCCACCGGAAUAUCCUCACAAGAUUUUCCCUCCAGAUAGCGAACCGUACUGUUCCUUAGAGACAGUAGGCCUAGGCUUUCAAAUGGACAAUGAACUUCAACCAGCUAUUUUGACCGGAAUUGUGCUCGUUACGAUGUUUCUGCUCGCUGUCUUUAUUGCGAUAAUAUAUUUCUGGAGGAUGAGGACAAAAGCCAAGGAGAAUACGGUGAAGAUGACGAUGGCUCUGACAGGUUUGGACGACAACGAACCGCUUCGACCAACAGGCGUAAAACCAAAUCUGGCCAAGUUACGGAUAAUUAAAGAAGAGGAGAUGAGAAAGGGCGGUAUACUGGGUUAUGGUGCUUUCGGUAAUGUGUAUAAAGGCGUUUGGGUGCCCGAAGGGGAGAACGUGAAGAUCCCGGUCGCUAUAAAAGUCCUCCAUGAUGGCACGGGUGCGAAUACGUCUAAAGAAUUUCUCGACGAGGCUUAUAUCAUGGCCAGCGUUGAACAUCCAAAUCUGCUGCAGUUACUUGCGGUAUGCAUGACAUCGCAGAUGAUGUUGGUGACCCAGCUGAUGCCCUUAGGAUGUUUGCUGGACUUCGUACGCAGCUACAAGGACAAAAUCGGUUCAAAGCCGCUAUUAAAUUGGUGUACGCAGAUCGCAAGAGGUAUGGCGUAUCUGGAGGAGAGGAGAUUGGUUCAUCGAGAUUUAGCGGCGCGAAAUGUUCUCGUACAAACUCCAAAUUGCGUGAAGAUUACCGACUUUGGUCUUGCUAAACUGUUGGACAUUAACGAAGAACAGUAUAAGGCCGCGGGCGGGAAAAUGCCGAUCAAGUGGUUGGCAUUAGAAUGCAUUCAGCAUCGAGUAUUUACUCAUAAGUCGGACGUGUGGGCUUUUGGAGUGACCAUCUGGGAAGUUCUCACUUACGGUGGUAGACCGUACGAAAAUGUUCCUGCCCGAAACGUACCCGAACUGUUGGAAAAAGGCGAAAGGCUACCGCAACCCGCGAUUUGCACGAUCGAUGUGUACAUGAUCAUGAUCAAAUGCUGGAUGCUUGACGCCGAAUCUAGACCCAGCUUUAAGGAAUUAGCCGAAGACUUCGCAAAAAUGUCCAGAGAUCCUGGUCGAUAUCUUGCCAUUAAAGGGGAUAAAUACAUGAGAUUACCUUCGUAUACAUUACAGGACGAAAAAGAGAUGAUACGAAAUCUCGCAUCGGCAAUGGAUGGUCCAGAAGCUCUGGUGGAUGCUGAAGAGUACCUCCAGCCUAAAUCACGGGCCCCGCUUCCGCCUGUGAUUUCCGCAUCAAGUACUUCCGGUUCACCGCCGAACACAUCAGUCAAAUGUUGGCCAAAUGGCAAGCCUCUCGCCGCUGAUUCUCCGACGCCGCAAAAUCAACAAAACUGGGAUAGGGAACUCUUGAGGUACGGUGGAAAUCACGGGAACGGAAGUGCAUCGCAUGAGGCCGGCAAUUCGAGUCAGCACACGCAUUACGCACAUCCCAAUGGUCAUUGCGGGCAUGUCGUAGGAGCUGACGGCUCGAGUUCGAGAUACUGUUCAGAUCCGUUGAAGAUGGUUGGUGUUAAAGAUUGCGAUGUGACGGAUGAUUGUUUUGAGAUUAAAGUACAUACCGCAGGGCGUCAACAGGCUCAAGUGGGAGAUCUGAAACUGGAUUUACCAUUAGAUGAAGAUGAUUAUCUUAUGCCGUCGCCGCAACUGCCAGCCAAUAAAACACAAUACAUGGAUCUCAUCGGAGAAUCUAAACCAACAGAAUCCGAAUCGAAGCAUCUGAACAACGGCUUUCGGAAAUAUCCAGACUUCCUGACGAUUCAAGGGAAAACAUCGUUGGACAAUCCAGAAUAUCUAAUGUCACAGGAUGAAGGCCCAUUGACGCCGCAAACUCUGGGUAUCCCUACAUUGGACAUGGAGAAAGUCCUAACGAACGGCGCUUUUGGAUCUCAAAUUAGACAGAGGAGUUCUGAAGAGGAAUCGGAUCACGAGUAUUACAACGAUUUUGACCGGUUGGAACGAGAAUUGCAACCGUUGAAACCGUUCAGAAAAAACGAGACCACGGUGUGAUUCCAGUGAUCUUUAUCGAAAAAAUAAAAGAAGCUCAUAAUUGUAUGAGACUAGAGGUUAUUAUAUCGAAAAAGCCUUUGCUCCGUUUGGGAAGAAGGUAAAUCAAACGAAAACAAAUGUAUGAACUCAUCACUGAAGUUACUCAUACAAUUUCCAAGAAGGAUCUAUUGUACUUAGAGAGGACACUUCGCUCAAGUGCCGCGCUUGAUUGUGAUUAGAUGUAAGCUAGAGAGACUCUUGUACGUAUAUAUUAUGAGAUAUAAAGAUAUAUCUAUAUAAAUAAGACGAGGAAAAAAGAGACUAUACGAGGACGUGCCGGAAACGAGAAUCGCGCGACGACGAUGCUCGCGAACAAGUAGUGCAAAGAUAUUCUUAACGUGCCAUUUGCCGUGGCUUGUAAAUAAAUUACUUUUCGUACUAGUUUCUCGAGGAUGUAAGGAAUAUCCUAGGACUUAAUUUGCAGCGACAGCGUCCAAGAUCGUCUCUGCUUACUAGCUUCAUUUCGGACUGGUUUGAGGCAAUUUGUUAUUGCAAAAAUAAAUUCUCUCAAAUUUUUGUAUGCAUGUUUAAUAAUUAAAAUGUAGAAAAGGGAAUUAGAGAAUGUCUUCUACGAUUCUCAUAGCCUUAAACCGGUCUUGUCUUUUUUUUCUCACUACUAUCUUACUAUCUUACAAAGAUAUCUGUGAAAACUAAUGUUCACAAUGACGAUAUCUAUCUUUCAACGAACGGUCGAAAAUAGGGAACAAUAUCUUUUCGGCGUGAUUAAAUUUUAUAAUUAAAAGAUUAUAGCGCGACAAGAAAGAGUGCGAAACGUCGAAGAAUUAAGGCUGUCCACAGCGACCGCGCGCGAGCUAUAAAAAGAUUCGUGGUCGUUGUUAAAUCUUUAAUGGUGCAAAAAUUAUUUUAGGCAUUUUUUUUAUAUCGGGCGAAAUACUUUAUAUGUAUCCCAGGAGAUCGCUCAAUGUGUUUUUUUAGAAGUUUGUUACCAUUUUCUUAUUUUAUUCAUAAACGCAGAACAAGUUUGUUAACAACAUCUUAUUUCGUUAAAUAACAAAUCUUACACCUUUUUUGUAGGAAAUGUAAAAUAUAUAUUAUCAAUUAUAAAUGUAUUUAUAUGAUGCUGAUGUACAGCAUGAUGGAAAAAAAUGUAAAUUAAUUCUAAAUUUAUAUGGCAUAAUAAUUCACGCAUAGAAUAUACUUGAAAUGGCAAUAAUUAACUAACACAUUUUAUCGAUAUUCGAUGAGUUCUCAUUGGAAGGAAUUCAAUAAUGCUUUCAAAAGUAUUUUAACACAGCAUUUAUGAGAUCUUUUGCUUAGAUUGACGAAAGUUAAGCGGUCUCGCCACAAACGCCAGCUUGCAAUAAUGUCCUUAAUUAAUCAAAUCUAUUUAACGAUCUUCCUUGUUUUAAUCUGCUUCAUCGCCUUAGGAUAUAAUAAAAAGAGAAUUUUGAAAGAGAACUAAGAAAAGAAUUUAAUUAUCCAUCGUUCAAACUGUCAGACAUUAAUGCAACCGGGCAAAUCAUUUGUGCGACAUGCCGCUGACUGUGAUACGAAUUAUUUUACUUUCGCCUCAAGACACUCAAGUACGGCAAUGAUAGCACCUUCCUUCCUUCCCCGCAGUAAGCUACGACAGCGAAAUCUGCAUUGUCCUAUUUUACUGCCGAGGAUAAAUUCGCUCUCGUGUCGAGAUCCACAUCUGUAUCACGAUGAGGGCAAACAUGACUCUACUUAAGUAUGGAAGAGCAAUGAGACUCGAACAGAGUGCGUUUUUCCCUCCUCUUAUGCCAUCGUCUUUAUAAUGGGGCUAAUAAAAUUGCUCCUGGACCGGGAAAUUAUUUCGAUUUUUAUAUACGAAACGCGAUUUGUAUAUAGUUUAGCGAGUAGAGUAGCGAACAGAAACCUCCACGAGCGUAAAAAGAAGGAGAGUAUUUGUACGCAAUAAGUAUAAAUCAUACGUCGCCAGAAUACGGUAGCAACCGUAUCGAAUAAUAGUACGAUAGGACGUGCCAUGUUGUACAGAAAAAAAAAGAAGAAAGAAAGAAUGAGCGUACAUGAAAGAACAAAUUUUAUGAAUGCGAAACGAAUCUUCGCUGUAUUUAAUAAAUUUCGCAGAAACUCUAUCCUACAUGAGCCUUACAUUUGCUGUAGAUGAGAAAUACAUGGGAGUGCGCGAGAUUGACAAUUUCCUCCAGCAAAAUCGUAUCAAUAUUUUUUAAUCGAUAAAAUUAUUGUAAUUUUCACUUUAGAAGGAAACGCAAUGACGAUCGGAUCAUCUAUAAUAUAUAUCAUAUAUAGUUUUUAUUUUCAUAUAUUUUUUAAACAAAUCUUUUUAACAUAUAUUAUUAUUAUUGAUAGCUCCAAUUUACAAAUUUUCAUAUUUUUCUUAUUAUUGUAAAGUAACUAAAAUCAUUCCAAGACGUUUAAAUUCAUCAUGAGAUAACAUUUAUAUUCAAUAUAUGUAUAUAUUAGUACCAUAAAAUAAUAUAUAUACACACAUACACACACAUUACACACACACAUACACACACACGCACGCACGCACGCACACGCACACACAUUUAUAUAUAUAUAUAUAUAUAUAUAUAUAUAUAUAUAUAU